CCGAUUCAGAUUAAAGAGAAAACGCUUCAGGGCUCGGGCGUCAUGUACCUAAAAACAUGGAAAUAGAAAUAUAGUUUCCCCUUCCGUCUUAUUCUCGUCCGAUGUUAAAUCUUUCCAUUAUUAUUAUUAUUUUCUGAGCCGACCAGAUCGUAGAUGUGUAAUCCAAGCCACCCACCACAGAGAGAAAGAAACGUCAGGAACAUUGGAGAAGAAGAAGAAGAAGCAUUUCAUCGAAAACCACAAAAUCUAACUCUCUGAUGAGUCCUCCUCGUCGCCCCUGCAUUCAACCAUGGACAAUUACUCGAGAACGAGCUCUCUAUCAUUGGGCGAGAAGCUGUGCGCGGCGUUUAUACCGUUUGUAGCGAUCAUAGAGGUGUUGGUUUUGGCCGUCACCGAUUGCUUCACUUACCGGCCUCGCCCUGUCAAACGUGCUCACGCUUUCGGAGACGUGACUCAGCUCGCCCGGGAAACUCGAUUUAGUGUUAAUGAGCUGGAGGCGUUGUAUGAGCUGUUUAAGAAGUUGAGUAGCUCGAUCAUCGAUGACGGGUUGAUUCACAAGGAAGAGCUUCAAUUAGCACUGUUCCAAACUCGCCAUGGCGAAAAUCUUUUCCUUGACCGGGUUUUUGAUCUGUUUGACGAGAAGAAAAAUGGUGUCAUUGAAUUCGAUGAGUUCAUUCACGCGCUCAAUGUGUUUCAUCCCUAUGCUCCUAUACAGGAGAAGAUUGAUUUUGCAUUUAGGCUGUAUGAUCUGAGACAUACUGGAUUCAUUGAGCGUGAAGAAGUUAAGCAAAUGGUGAUUGCUAUACUGAUGGAGUCUGACACGAUACUGUCAGAUGAUCUUCUGGAGUCUAUCAUUGAUAAGACAUUUGAUGACGCUGAUGCCGACAAGGAUGGGAGAAUCAAUAAACAAGAAUGGAAGGCUUUUGUGCUUCGACAUCCAGCCCUUCUGAAAAACAUGACUCUUCCUUAUUUGAAGGACAUCACCACAAUGUUUCCAAGUUUCAUUUUCAACACCGAAGUCGAAGACUGAAAAUUUGAAGCCCUUUUCCCUCGGAGGAUCAUUGAAAGAGCAUUAAUUCCAAAUCUUCAGCGUCUUGUGCAGCUACUUUGGACCGGCAGAAUCAACCAGUUGUCCUUUUGAAAUGACUUAUUGGCAGAUACAAUGCAGCAUUUCUGGAAACAGGAAACACCGUACCUGAGUUUAGGGAAGGCUACGAUGCUGCUGCUGUAUCACAAGAUUGUUUCGGUUCCUCUCUAUCAAUUCAAAGCAUUUGUUGUACAGUGAAACAGUAGUUAUUUUUGUAGUGAAUUUGAUGUAGGUGCGAUAUUUUAGAUUUUGUAGUGCUUCUUGUUGAUAGAUGCAUUAAAUUAAUGAAGUCGGGGGUAUAUGGUCUUACCAGGCAACAACGACUAACAUAUAUAUAAGGUUGAUCAUAGUAUGUGGUAUUUAUAUACGAUUAUUGAUUUGUUGGUAUUGA